CCGCCGCCGCCGCCUCGCGAACAUGGCGGCUGAGAUCCACUCCAGGCCGCAGAGUAGCCGCCCGGUGCUGCUGAGCAAGAUCGAGGGGCACCAGGACGCCGUCACCGCCGCGCUCCUCAUCCCCAAGGAGGACGGCGUGAUCACCGCCAGCGAGGACAGAACCAUCCGAGUAUGGCUGAAGAGAGACAGCGGCCAGUACUGGCCCAGCAUUUACCACACAAUGGCCUCUCCUUGCUCUGCUAUGACUUACCAUCACGACAGCAGGCGGAUAUUUGUGGGCCAGGAUAACGGAGCCGUCGUGGAAUUUCAUGUUUCUGAAGAUUUUAAUAAAAUGAACUUUAUCAAGACCUACCCAGCUCAUCAGAACCGGGUGUCUGCGAUUAUCUUCAGCUUGGCCACAGAGUGGGUGGUCAGCACUGGUCACGACAAGUGUGUCAGCUGGAUGUGCACCCGGAAUGGGGACACGCUCGGGAGACACUUCUUCUCGUCCUGGGCUUCCUGCUUACAGUAUGACUUUGAUACUCAGUAUGCUUUUGUUGGUGACUAUUCCGGCCAGAUCACCCUGCUGAAGCUUGAACAGAGCGCCUGUUCCGUUAUCACAACCCUCAGAGGACACGAAGGUAGUAUCGCCUGCCUCUGGUGGGACCCUAUCCAACGGUUACUCUUCUCAGGAGCCUCUGACAACAGCAUCAUCAUGUGGGACAUCGGAGGAAGGAAAGGCCGCACGCUCUUGCUCCAGGGCCAUCAUGACCGGGUGCAGUCGCUGUGUUACCUGCAGCUCACGAGGCAGCUCAUCUCCUGCUCCUCGGACGGAGGGAUUGCGGUGUGGAACAUGGACGUCAGCAGAGAGGAGGCUCCUCAGUGGCUGGAAAGUGACUCUUGCCAGAAAUGCGAGCAGCCCUUCUUCUGGAACAUAAAGCAGAUGUGGGACACGAAGACCCUGGGGUUGAGGCAGCAUCACUGCAGGAAGUGCGGGCAGGCCGUCUGCGGGAAGUGCAGCAGCAAGCGCUCCAGCUACCCCGUCAUGGGCUUCGAGUUCCAGGUCCGGAUGUGUGACUCCUGUUACGACUCCAUCAAAGAUGAGGAUCGCACUUCUCUAGCAACCUUUCAUGAAGGAAAGCAUAACAUUUCCCACAUGUCCAUGGAUGUUGCCAGGGGACUGAUGGUGACCUGUGGGACCGAUCGCAUUGUAAAGAUAUGGGACAUGACGCCCGUGGUGGGCUGCAGCCUGGCCACCGGCUUUUCCCCGCACUGACCCAGAGCGGCGCGGUCCACACUGCCCAGCGGCAGCCUGUACCAAAUGCCACCCUUCCCUGUGGCACCACAGUCACCGUCUCGUGAACGGACAGUGGCCACUUAAACACAGAUCAACACUUUCCAAAAGAAAAUAAAAAUGUCAAGGUGUGUUUUGGGGGUACUUGUGGAAACCAGCUGUGGGGACUAAUAUGGAAGAGGUUCGCCUGCUGUGGUUCCCAGACGAAUGGAGUUCCUUCAACGAAACUUCCUCAUGAACAGUGAGCUGAUGUGGACUAAAAGAUUGAUCUAGGAAAUGAGAGUUUUAGAGAAAAAAAAAAAAUAGUGAACUAAAGAGGUGCUGCCUGAACGCAGUUGCAAGUGCACACACACCUCCCCCGCA